AUGGAAUCCAAAGUCUCUGAGGGUGGUCUGAAUGUGACCCUCACGAUCCGACUGCUGAUGCAUGGCAAGGAAGUAGGAAGCAUCAUUGGCAAGAAAGGCGAAACAGUGAAAAAGAUGCGUGAGGAGAGUGGUGCACGAAUCAAUAUCUCAGAGGGAAAUUGUCCAGAAAGAAUUGUGACCAUUACUGGUCCCACAGAUGCCAUCUUCAAGGCUUUCGCCAUGAUUGCUUACAAAUUCGAGGAGGAUAUAAUCAACUCCAUGAGCAACAGUACAGCUACAAGUAAGCCGCCGGUAACACUGCGGUUGGUCGUGCCAGCGAGCCAGUGUGGGUCACUGAUUGGCAAAGGAGGCUCCAAAAUUAAGGAAAUCAGAGAGUCAACAGGCGCACAGGUUCAAGUGGCGGGGGACAUGCUGCCCAACUCCACAGAGAGGGCAGUGACCAUCUCAGGGACCCCCGACGCAAUUAUCCAGUGUGUCAAACAGAUCUGUGUGGUGAUGCUGGAGGUACAGUCUGUAACAACGGGGUCCCCACCGAAAGGUGCCACCAUCCCCUAUCGCCCAAAGCCCGCCUCCACCCCUGUCAUUUUUGCAGGUGGUCAGGUAAGAGCCGACCCGCUUGCGGCCUCCACUGCCAACCUCAGCCUUUUACUGCAGCACCAGCCGCUGCCCGCCUAUACAAUUCAGGGACAGUAUGCUAUUCCACACCCAGAUCAGUUGACCAAGCUCCACCAGUUGGCUAUGCAGCAAACCCCCUUUACUCCCCUUGGACAGACCACCCCUGCUUUCCCUGGAGAAAAGCUGCCCUUACAUUCCUCCGAAGAAGCUCAAAAUCUGAUGGGCCAAUCAGCAGGUUUGGAUGCCAGUCCCCCGGCCAGUACUCAUGAACUCACCAUUCCCAAUGAUCUAAUAGGUUGCAUAAUCGGACGCCAAGGGACCAAAAUCAAUGAAAUUAGACAGAUGUCUGGAGCACAGAUCAAAAUUGCCAAUGCCACAGAAGGUUCGUCGGAACGCCAAAUUACCAUCACAGGAACCCCAGCAAACAUCAGCCUUGCCCAGUACCUCAUCAAUGCCAGGCUGACAUCUGAGGUCACUGGAAUGGGUGCACUCUAA